AUGGAUUGUGUUUUGUCUCAGGUGAGAAGUUAUAAAUCCUGAACAGCUUUUGAAAAUUUAAGGUUAAAUUUAAUUUUGUAUUGGACUAGACUACAAAAACUUGACCUGAAUGGAAAUAUAAUUUGUCAUUGGAACACCGUGGGCUGUCAACCCCCUACGUCUUUAAAUAUUGAGAAUUGAUGGGGAGUGGGUGAUAGAUGACAUCAUAAUACAGGGCACAUGACGUCAUUUUUUGGGAAAAAAAAGCGCGAAAAAGAUUUUGUUUUAAUUGUAACAUUUGACCUAAUUGGUUUACUUCCCACCAAUCACAUUUUAUAAAAUAACUAAGAUAGUACGCGCGCUCUGAUUGGCCGAGAGGAGUGUUUGCAUGAGAGUAUGUAAACAUGGUUGUGACGUCAAGUUGUUUCGCUUUUCGCGCGCUAAUCACGCAAGCACGAAUUUGAAAAAGUUUUCGAGUUCAAAACUCGACAAGUUUACUUUAUUUACCCAUUCCUUCGUCGGCUGAAACAUGGAAAAUCGUUACAAAGAAGGUGAGUCAAUUUUUCUUCGCUUUAGCUGACAUUUUAAGCGAGAAAAAUCCGUAUUUUGCAAAGCAUCUUUUUGCAAAACAAGAACUGAUUACGCGUGCAAGACUUCGUGGACAAGAUUUUGCGACUGGUAAGAAUUUCUCUUUUAAUCAGUGCCAUACAAAGAGUUUUGCGUUUUUUUCUCGGGAAAGUUAUUUUAUAAAAGCAAUAGAAAACUUUUUUCCUGUGUUUGCAUAGCCUGAUAUAAACACUCGAGGCGUUGGGAGAAUUCUCGACAGUUAUGCAAACCCUCGACUUCGUCUCGGGUUUGCAUAACUGUCUCGAAUUCUCCCAACCCCUCUCGUGUUUAUAUCAGGCUAUAUAUGCAAACACGGAAAACGUUUGCUAUUGCUUAAAUUGCUUAUAUUACAAAGGCAUACCAGAGUUUGUGAGGAAACGCUCAAUGUUAACAGAAAAAUAGCUCAAACAACGCAAAAUAUUUGAAAUUUCAUUGUCAGAGUCAAAUCUACAAGAAAUGGCAAACUUUGCCGAUUAUCCGAGAGAUUUCAGACUCUAAUCUAGAGACCGGGAGAAACAGUUUAAAAUCUGCAGUCUCCCGGAUUAUCCGGGAGUGUUGACAGCCCUGUUGGAGUAAUGGAGGAGUGGAAGAGGAAACGUUUGUUUUUUGAUUUUUCCCGAAAUUAGGUUGGAUUGGCAGAAUACCCGACCCACUCAAUAUCUAAUUUUAACAAAACUGCUCCCAUGGUCCCGCAGUUGUCUGAUUUGCAUAAUAAAUUCUACAUCGACUGCAGGGACACUAGUAUACCUUGUUCUAUAAGUGCACUAGUUACUUGCGAGACUGGGUUGUAUACCCUCUUAAUAUUAACUUCUCAGGGACUGUGAGAUUGUGGGACUGCGGAAGCACUCGUUUUACUCACUUACAUUUAAGUAUUCAUUGACUACUGAGCUGUGGCACUGCGAGCCUAGCAUAAUAGAACAUGGCUGUGGGACUGUGGGAUCGGUUUUUCAAGUAAGAUAUUUAGUGGGUCGGGUAUUAGAUGUAAUCACUCCUGCGAUCUUUAUCUGUCCUUUCUUCCGUGAUACAGAUGAUUCAAAUUGUCAUCUUGGCCAGACAUUGUCCAUUCUCCAGCUGUUAUUUUGAGCCCACAACAGUAUGAAAAUUUAAACUGGAAUUUACAGGGAGGUGUACACUGAGAGAAGUACAUUUGUCUCAGGUAUUGAUAUUAUAUAGUCAUACAGUGUAAUUUUAAUAUGCCAUUUUUCUUUAUUCCUUUUAACAGAUUUCCCAAGUUUUAAGACAUGGAGGACACUUUAUUUCAGUAACAUUUUCACAGCCCCAUUUCAGGAAGCCUUUCCUGGCCAAGUCACACUAUGGUUGGUCAAUUUCUAUGCAGACUUUUGGUGACUCCUUUCAUUACUUUUUCUAUGCCAUGAAAAAGGGCGAGCAAAUGAGUGAGGAUGAUAAAAAACUGGAAAUAAGUGUGAUGGAUAAAUUCAACCCUAACAAGCAGGAGAGGAGCCUUUUUGUUCAUGAACUACCAGAGGACAAAGAGGACUUUUUAUUGAACAUAACAUUAUAG